AUGAUUCCAUCUAGUUCGAAAAAGGAUGAAUUCCAGAAAACGAAUUUGAACACUCAUCCUGAUAACCGAAUCAAGUCAAUACCGAAUAUUACUGUAGCCGAGACUAAUGAAAUAGUUUCGGUGCCCACCAUUGAAGACGGUCAGGCAGAGACUAAUGAACAUGAAGAAAAGCAUUUGGAUACUGAGAAUUCAAAAACUGAAACUCAAAAACCCGUGAACAGGGUUAAUGUCGAUCAGAGCAAGACUGAAGGAUUAGAACUACAAAAGAAUUUGGACACCGAGAAUUCAGAAACCGAAAUUGAAAAAGAGACAAAGUCAUCACAAAGUGCGGAGAAUGAGCUAGAGCUGAGUGGAUCUUCGAUGCCCAAGAGCAACAAUAUGAUUUCAUCUACUCCGGAACCCGAUGAAUUCAAAAGAGCUACUCUGAAUACUCAUCCUCAUAAUCAAAUCAACUCAACACCUGACCCUCCUGUACUUGUAUCAAGCCAAACUAUUUGUGAACUCACUAUUGAUAAUGGCCUGGCUGAGACCGAAAAUUACGAAAAAGAAGAGAAUGUGGAUACCGAGAACUCAAAAAUAGGAACAGUAACAGAAUUCCUGGAGAAGGAUGAUAGUAUUCCAUUAGUAGCAGUAAUAGAAUCUCAAUGGAAUGGCUGGAACCUGAACACAAAUAUUGACACCCGAGUUGAAAAUGCGGAGACGUUUGAAGAGAUAUUCUCUCAAUUCGAUGAUCCCGAGUUAAAUUAUAGUACUGAAGAGAUGAGGUUGGAAUCGGGAUUGAUCAACGAGACUUUCGAUGUAGACAGUACAAAAUUUAUUAAUCCGAAAGACAUGCAUAUGUUAAACAAUGAUUAUGAGUUGAGUUUCACAGAAGAAGAGGCUAUAAGUAACGCUGAUGUAUUAUCAGCGAGAGGUGUUUUUCACUCUACAAAAACAUCUGAAGUUUUAUCUUCUUCUGAAUUACCUGAACUGGAAAUUCAAGCUUGGAAACGGAGACUCAGUGCACCGAAGAUUCUACCACAACACAAAACUUAUCAGANGAAUCGGGAUUGA